UUCUACUACCGGGUCAGAGCCAUGGCGGUGGCAAAUUCAAGUCCAGUCAACCCGGUGGUGUUUUUUGAUGUCAGCAUUGGCGGCCAGGAAGUUGGUCGCAUGAAGAUCGAGUUGUUUGCAGACGUGGUGCCUAAGACGGCCGAGAACUUUAGGCAGUUCUGCACUGGAGAGUUCAGAAAAGAUGGUGUUCCAAUAGGAUAUAAAGGAAGCACCUUCCACAGGGUCAUAAAGGAUUUCAUGAUUCAAGGUGGAGAUUUUGUUAAUGGUGAUGGUACUGGAGUCGCCAGUAUUUACCGGGGUCCAUUUGCAGAUGAAAAUUUUAAACUCAGACACUCGGCUCCAGGCCUGCUUUCCAUGGCCAACAGUGGUCCCAGUACAAAUGGCUGCCAGUUCUUUAUCACGUGCUCUAAGUGUGAUUGGCUGGAUGGGAAGCAUGUGGUGUUUGGGAAAAUCAUUGAUGGACUCCUAGUGAUGAGAAAGAUUGAGAAUGUUCCAACAGGCCCCAACAAUAAGCCCAAACUGCCAGUGGUAAUCUCACAGUGUGGGGAAAUGUAAUCUAGACCAAGACUGAGCCAGGUGAGUGUUCUCUUCUUCAUGGGGAAGGAAUCAUGGCUUGAGGGAGACUUUCCACUCAAGGAUGUGCAUUGAGUCCUCUCUGCAUGUGAGCCUGGAGCAAGCUCUCCUUCAGAGUAUGUUUUCUCAGCUUUCUGUCAGGAGACAGUGUCAACCUUAGGGUCACAGUGAGGAGCAGAAAGGAUGGACCCUAGAAAUACUCCCUUUUCUGCUGCCUCAUACAGUGUCACCCUGAAAAGGACCUGUCUUUCAAGUGACUGGAGUCAAGCACUGGGACCAACCUGAGGAGGCAGGAGACAUGUGCCAUGCUGUCCUCAGAACUGACAAUGGUGUCGCACCUUGGAAGUGUGGGCCUCACAUGUAGCUUUCACAGGCGCCUUUCCUCCCAAUACCUGCCACUGGCUGCUCUGCACUGGGGCAUUCUGAAAAAGAAUUUAGAGGCAGGCACUCCCAGGAGGGAAGUCAUGUUCUCAGAGGUGAAUGCUAGUAAUGCAAGUGACUUGGCGUUACAGCACGCUAGGGGGAAUGGGUCAGACAGUCCACCUCUGUGAGAGGUCACGGUUUUUCCUUUGUCUUUUAAAUUUGUUUUUCAACCUUACAAAAAAGUUGGGAAAAUGUUGAUUAAUUGUCUGCAACUUCAGGACAAGGGUCACCAGUACUUGACAUUUGCAGUGGCUGUGCUGUCUCCUCUCUUUAUUCCCAUGCCACAUUCACUCCUCUUCCUCUCCUUCCUGCCCUUAUAGCUUCUUGUUCUCAUUCUAAAAUUGCAGACCUUGACACUUCAUCCUAAGCACUUCAGGGAGGAGCCCCUAAAAAUGAGAAUAUCCUAAAUAAACAUAAUAUUUGUAAUACAUUGUACAUAUUCAAAUUU